UGGGCACUCCCAGUACCUACCUCCCAAAGAGUCCCCGGGAGCUCCGGAGCCCCUGACCACUAGAAGUUCCAUCUCACCAACAAGAAAGGCCCUGGUCAAGGAUGUCCCAGGACUCAAAGAAACCCUCAGCACCCAGCCAGGAGCCGAAGACACCAUCGGGCAAAAAGCUGAAGUUUCCACGCCCAACCCUGUCCCAGUCGUGGAAGCGGGACCGCGAGCAGACCCUGGUGGCGGCCUACGUGCCGGUGGUGGUAGACCCGAAGGGGCAGAGCCUGGACAAGCUUAGGUUCAAGUUCUACACCUCCCAGUACUCCAACUCCCUGAACCCCUUCUACACCCGGCAGAAGCCUACCUGUGGCUCCCUGUACCAGAGGGACAUGGACCACACCCGCAAACGCUUUGACGUGCCUCCUGCCAACCUGGUCUUGUGGCGCUCCUAGGUCCCUCCCGGUCGGGAGACGCCACCUGCACCCU